UUAAGAUUUUAGUUAAGAAAACUUUGGACGUCAGUCUGACGCACGAAACCUUUUUUUCAGCUAUUGAAUCACGGAUUUCCUGAAACGUUAUAUUACUCGAGCCUUCAAAUUCUCGAGUUCAUGGUAUUAUGCAUAUACGUAUCCGACACCUUGGUGGGAUGGUAGCUCGUGCGCGGCGCGAUGAACCGACUCAAAAGCUACCAGAAUUAUUAACUCCUGUCAGUCUAGGUAGCUCGAUCCAGCAAAGAACACUUGAUUGCUUCUUCCACUUGUUAACACCAUUUCAAGAAAAACCGAUUUCAUAAAGAUUCAAACGCGAAAGACGUUAACUUUUGACACUUGAAAACUCUUCUCGCAUAAUCUUAAAUCCCCUUUUUUGAUAUAGUCUCUUCGAUAUCUUUCUAAAAAAAAAUGUUAAAAAUAUUAAAUUUAUUCAAGACUAUCUAAUAAAUUACAAUCGUUUUCCAUACAGAGAAUUAAUGAAUCGUUUCGAUGAUGUCGUUACGUUCAAACGAAGCCAUUUUGGGUUUUAAGUGUCGAUCGUUAGAAGAAAUUUAAAGCGUUUUCGAGUCUCGCGUGUGGAUUUUAAGAAAAGUGGAAGAUAUGGAGGAAAGAUCGGAGGAAAUCGAGGAGAGUAGCAACUCGUGUUCAACAUCCACGUGUUCGUCAUCGGCGUCGGUGCGUGGCAAGAAACGGUGCACGGAAAUGCGUUCGGAGAAGCCGGCGUACCUUCGCCAGAAAGAAAAGAUUAUAUACCCCAGGAAUACGAGAACGUUGACCAAAACAGCUGUCGUCGGAGGCAAACCAAUCGACGAGAAGACAUGCAUGGCUCUAAGAACGUUGGUUUUCGGAAGUUGUGCCACCCCACCGAGGCCGGAAUGGGCGAGGACCGGAUUCACGUUGCGACCUUACGGGCAAAGCUUGGCGUUUGGAUUGCGAGCGCCGAGGAACACGACCAGGGCCCUGGUCACGGCUGUACAAGCCGUGAUGCUCAAGCAUUUCCUCUUCAAAUCUAAACAGGAUAGCCACGUUGGCCCUGAAAGCCUGUUGAGGCCGUCGUACGACAAGCAGAUCGACGCGCUGACGUCCACCAUAGCGGAGAUUAUUUGGCGUUGCGCGGGCGGGUUUGCCGUGCAAAAUAUCGGUUGCUCGUCGAAUCAAAGCGGAAACGAGAACGUGUCCACGGCUGUGGUUGUCUUGCCGCAAGAGACACCCUAUGUGCAGCACAGCGUGCAAUACUUUCAGGAUGGUCUCACGGAGACCCUCCAUUUGUUCGAAUUUGAAUCUUUGGACGACUUGGAGAUAUUCGUCAAGCGAUACUUGUACUUGUUUCAAGACGAGGGUAGUCCCGGUGCUAUAUUGCUUCUGUACAGCGCUGUACUCUCCAGAGGGCUUUCCAAAGUGAAGAUCGAUCUGGAAAAUCCAAGGGGUUCGAUGUUGAGCGGUUGCCCGGAGGAGGGCUCCACGAGCGUGGUGAUCUUCUCGUUGACGGGCCGUGCCUCCCCUCACCUUCACAACGGGGUGUUGCACGUUGGGGAUGAAAACACAUACGCUGUACCGCAAUGGGGCGUCCUCGCCAGGAGCGAGGUAGGAUUCCUGGUGCACGAGGGCGACGGACAAUCGAGCAAACAACCCGGCUCCCGCUUGAAGACCCCCAAUUUGCCGAUUUGGGUCACCCUUUGCAACGGCCAUCACGGCGUCCUGUUCAAUACGAAUCGCGAGCUGCUCAGAAAUUAUCACGCGGAGCGACGGUUCGAGAUCCAAUACUUCACUUGCGGUGGAAGCCAUGCCAUUCUGACCGUCGACACUAGGUCAAAUUCCGGAAAUGAUUCGGAGUUGGAGGGGCCGAGCAAAGAAUGCACGGACAUGGCCGCAACUCCCUUGGAGAAACUCAUUCGUUCCAAGUGAAUAAUUAUUCCAUAUAUUCUUUCUCUCUCUCGUCAGACA